GCCCCUCCCCGUUCUGUGGAAGGCAGACCCGUUCAGAGACUGAGGAAGAGGAAAUAGGAGCAGCUUCUAAACAGAAUCCUGUGUGCUGCCAUGGACAGUGUGAAGAUGGAAUCUGUCCAAAUUAAAGAGGAGUUCCCUGAACUUGAACUACCCCCCUUUGAAGUGGAGUCUUUUGGGCUGGCUUCCCUCCCCAUAAAACAGGAGCUCUGUGAGAUGCAAUGUGACUGCUGUCUGAUGGAGGUAUCUGAGACUAAAGCUGAGCACAGUGAAUUGGAGAUCCCCCAGACAGAAGAACCCCUUUUUGUUAAACAAGAAGAUGUGUUGGAAAAGGUCCGUAUUAAACGGGAGCCCCCUGAAGUAGAGUUUGACCACAUGGAACCAGGGAAGGAAGAAUCCGAGGACUUCAAACCACCCAUCCCUGAGCUGGAGCCUGUACGCCUGCGGGAAUGUAGUGUGGUGCUGGAGAGAAUCUGCAUGAGAGAGCAAGGCUCUGGAGAGGAAGACUCUCCCAACAGCACACGAGGUGGAAAGGAAGACGGGCAGUCGCAUUCAGAAUGCAGUCUAGCAGGUUCCAGUCCAGCAGCUAAAGUGAGGGCAGGCGGUGGAGAAUAUCCUGACUGUGGAAAAGGUUUUACCCAGUUAGGGCAUUUAAAGAAAAAAAAGGGAAUUCACACAGGAGAGAAACCGUAUCACUGCUCUGACUGUGGGAAGAGUUUUAGUUACUCAGGACAUCUGAAACAACACCAGCGAACUCACACAGGAGAGAAACCAUAUGGCUGCUCUGACUGUGGGAGGAGUUUCAGUCAGUCAGGAACCCUGAAAGAACACCAGCGAAUUCACACAGGAGAGAAACCGUAUCACUGCUUUGACUGUGGGAAGAGUUUCAGACAGUCAGACAGCCUUGACUCCCACAAGCGAACUCACACAGGAGAGAAACCAUAUUCCUGCUCUGACUGUGGGAAGAGUUUCAGUCACUCAGGAACCCUGAAAGAACACCAGCGAACUCACACAGGAGAGAAACCGUAUCACUGCUCUGACUGUGGGAAGAGUUUCAGUCACUCAGGAAAUCUGAAAGAACACCAGCGAACUCACACAGGAGAGAAACCGUAUCGCUGCUCUGACUGUGGGAAGAGUUUCAUUCAGUCCAGAACCCUGAAAAUACACCAGCGAAUUCACACAGGAGAGAAACCGUAUAGCUGCUCUGACUGUGGGAAGAGUUUCAGACAGUCAGAGAGCCUUGUAUCCCACCAACGAACUCACACAGGAGAGAAACCGUAUCGCUGCUCUGACUGUGGGAAGAGUUUCAGACGUUCAGACAGCCUUGUAUCCCACCAGCGAACUCACACUGGAGAGAAACCUUAUUGCUGCUCUGACUGUGGGAAAAGUUUCAGUCACUCAGGAACAUUGAAAGAACACCAGCGAACUCACACAGGAGAGAAACCGUAUCACUGCUCUGUCUGUGGGAAGAAUUUCAGUCACUCAGGAACCUUAAAAGAACACCAGCGAACUCACACAGGAGAGAAACCGUAUUGCUGCUCUGACUGUGGGAAGAGUUUCAGUCAGUCUGGAACCCUGAAAACACACCAGCGAGUUCACACAGGAGAGAAACCGUAUAGCUGCUCUGACUGUGGGAAGAGUUUCAGUCGGUCCAAAACCCUGAAAACACACCAGCGAAUUCACAGAGGAGAGAAACGGUAAAGACUAUGUUCAGUGCGACUUUUCACUCAUGAGGAAAAAAACUUUAGCUUUGCAUUAUGAAUCCCUGUGUAAUUACUGUUUUGUGUAUCGCUCUUAACAGGAAAGAAAGUAUGAGGGACUGCUUGUAGGCUUAAGGUUGGUUCAUACUUGCUCAUAGCUCAUAUGGACAGCUCUGCUGGGAAGAUCUCAGUGUGGGGAGCGCCCUCUUUGAAAGUCACGCUGCUGGUUUUGUUGUACUGACUUCCACCCUGUGAUUGGUUAGUUUGAUUAUUUUGGGCUGUGCCCGAGUCCACCUGGGGUGUUUCUCAUUGGUUGUUCUCGUUCAGAGACAGCCCAUUGUUCUCAGUUGGUUUGUGGUUUGGACCCCAGUCUGCUGUAUGUUCUCUGUCCGAAGUGUCACAGCAUACUGAAAACUGUCUGGCUUGCCUCCAAGAUACUGCUGGCACCUAAAUGAUUCAUUCAAUGAUAGGGAAAGAUAAAACACUUGUCCAGCAGUCAUUUCACAACUCUUUCUAAAAGCAUUCUUGGUCAGUGGGAGAGAAACCAAGUAGGCACAGAGAAUGGCUUAAGACCCCCCUUUGUAUAUUUCAAUUCUGUUAAUUUCAUACACAGAAAGAUAUUAUGACCCACUCUGACGCUACAGCUCUUUUUGAAAAAAGAAGUUAAAUUUUCAAUGUAAAUGCAGUGUUUCUGCUCUAAAAAUGUUAUGUAUGAUGUUCAUAGAUAAAAAUAUUAAGUUAUA